AUGGACGUAAAUAACCAUGAAGAUGAAACUCAAGUCGAUAAAUUAAAUAAGAAUUGUUCUUGUUGCGAUAAACCGUUUGAAGAGUUUUUAUGGUGUAAAGAAUGUGACCCUUGUAGAGCAUUUACAUUUAAAAAUUUGACAAAACCUAUUAAUUCGUCUCUUAUCACCUCAUACCUUGAAAAGGAUGAGAAUAAUGAAG